ACUGACCUGAUUGAUUACUGUGUACAUCAAACGCUAGAACCCAAUAGCGGGAUUCCAGAAACGCUUGGCAGUAAUCAGGAACCACCAUUUCCCAUGAUGAGUGAAUUUCCAGAUGAUCCCACUCAAUACUAUACCUCCAACCACCACAAUUCAGUAGUAUACUGUUUGAUUCUUUCCCUGCAUGGCUUGCUUGGCUCAAACUCAAGCUGCCGCCCCAAUGCUGAUUAAUGCAACAUCAUCAUUAGUAACCCCAGCCAGCCAGCCAGCCAUGGAAACUUCCAGUCCGGGACGGAGACUUUUUUUUUACUUCUUCACUAUGUACGCACACGGAGAAGAAAGAACCACUGCGGAUAUUGCGGAUAUAACGGUCCAAUCCAGGUGUCUCUAUACCCGCAACCCACCUAGUUUUUUUUUUUUUCCUUGUCUUGACAAGGCUCGAUCUGGUAAUGUGUGUGGAUCUCCACAUGCAAACAUCCACCCACCUGAGGCUUUUUCACUCCCAUGCUGUUUGCUUCUGCUUCAGGUGGAUCACCACCACCCCCGUUUCGUUUCAAUCUGGACUUUGCUCGCUGCUCUGUAGACCCGCUUCGGAUACAUAUCACGGGUGAUAAGGGUAAAUCGGCACGUCGUGAUCAUGUGAUGCCAUGGAUAAUCGGAUGAUUGCCAAGACAUUUUACAGAUCCAGGGAAAAAAAAAUAAUAAUCGUCAAAAAUUUUCUGGCUAGUAGCGGAAUUAAAAGACGGAGAAUUCCGU